CAGUGAAGUCAGUGCUGGAGUUUUUGAAGUUAAUAAUGCUAAGCUGUCGUCAGUGGCUGAUCAUGUCAUUGAGGGUGCUACGUUUAACCAUGAUGUCAACAAAUGAAGUAUCUUUGAUUACGUUUGAUGGUACAUUACAAUUCCACCUACAACAAACUGUAAAAGAGAACCUACUUUAUGUAGAAAAAGUAAAUUGGAUGUAUUGUUGAAGUGGCUACUGCAUUCACAAAUAUCAGGGACGAUUAAAUGAAAUGAAAUAUUCAAGUAAAUUAAGUUGGCCAUAUACAUCUACAGUGUUUGCAAAUGUAACAUAACGGCUAUGUGAGGCAUAUGUCUUUCUGAAAAACAGAUUGAUUGAAUACAGUUUAUAGUGCAAUUUGGCUUCUGUUUUCAGUCAAAUUAAAGGUUGUUUUGUGCCUGCUCAAAAAAAAAAAGAGACUUAAUUUUGCUUGCUCUGACCAACAUCAGCCCCUAGCAGCAAACUAUACAGCUGUGUAAAUGCAGUUUUGUUUAAAUACAUUUAUGGCAUCUCUGAACAGCAUAAAAGUGUCAACGCGGGCAAAUGUGUGUUUUUUUAUAGACGGAACUUCAGAGAUACGUUUGUUGUAUUGGUGUAAGUGGUUUAAAAUCACUGAGGAAAUGCUGCACCCUAGUGCUAUUGUGUGGUAUUGUUUUUUGCUUAAAAUGUUACCAACCGUCAUAUGACUCAACAACCAAUAAACUAUUUCUGUCAGGUCAGUUUUGGGGGUAAAACACUAUGUAGUACUGUCACUUUAAGUGAAGUUCCCCAACCCCGAUGGUCAUGUGUUUAAGUGUCCAAUACUGUAGCAUACCAGCCUUUGUCACACACGCACGCACACACGGACACAGUUAAAAUGCUGUGUCAGCCUUAUGGCAGAUACAGCGCUGUUUGUGGCCCCCGUCCACUCCUAUCCUGCACCCACGCAGUCUGUGGCCUUGUGUUAAAACUGUUUCGUUGUGAUGAGAGCUGGACCUUUUAAUAUUUUGGAGCAUCUGAGUGUAAACUGCGGCACUCUUUUUGGGCUUUGGCGUGUUUGUUUAAUUAGACAAGAAGAUUCUUCAUUGGAGGAAAAAAAAGGAUGUAGGAACACGGUCUGUCAUUUUGGUCUCUUAAUUUAAAAAAAAAAAGAAGCUGAUGUGAAUAUCAGAUGCCUUCGCUUCCUCAUUCUGCCUCAAGCUGCUGUCACAAAAAGUUGUUUUGUUGUCAUGGUGAAGAUUGUUUGGACAUUUUCAAAGCUGUGCUUUUAGAAACAACCAGGACCCAUCUCUGAUCAUUAGUGUGUUUUUUCUUAAUUUCUGGAUUUGACGUGGAACUGGACUUGAACAGAAACCUGAUAUCAGUGCUGUCUAUGUCUCUCUUGCUCUGCCAGGAACCUAUUGAUUAGACAGAGCAAAGACAACACUGUUGUUGUCAUGUGCAUAUUCAAUGAGAGCUGUUUACAGACAGUAAGUCAAUGAACCGCAAUGAAGUAACUCAUUCAAUCAGUUUGUGUUUGGGCAAACUAAAAGAUCUUAGCUGUUUGGCAUUAAAUUAGUGUGCCAUUCAAUUACCAGACUGUAACCUGACAGAUCAUUUAAAAGGGAGUCAUAUUAAUUGCCUGGAAGAAAAAAAUGAUUUGAAACUUUUUAGUUCCCUAACGAAGCUAUCGGGUUUGUUUAGCAGUGGCAUCCGACUCAAAGGCUAGCUGUGUUGAGCUUGAAGAAAGAAAGGUACUAAAAUGGAUCCGAUAUAGAGGAUAUAACACGGGAAACAGAAGAUGAUGUGGACGAAGGGAUGCUAUGACCAAGAGACUGAUGGGGAUAACUGGAAAUGGGACUGGUGUCAGAGGAAGCAGCUCAGAGGAUCUAUAGGAAGUUCUCAUUGCGCUUUGAACUGAUGUUUGAGAAAAUCCACUGGACAAUCUGUUACACUGUGAUCACUGAAUCUUCAGCAGUGUUUCCUGCUCAAACAUCCUCUGAAAGAGAGAGAUAGAGGAAAAGUCCAGGGUGCAAUACUUAUGGAACUAUUUGGGAUUUAGCGAUGAAAUGUUUGGAAUAAUGAGUGCAGUGUUUUGGGAAGCAGCGUUGAGUUAGCCUGGAGUGCAUUUCAAUUUAUUCACCUUUUUAUUCACAUUUUUACAUUAUUGUCUUCAUUAUUUGAUUCUUUGAACCAUUUUUUUAAUGUUAGUGUCACUAAAAGCAUUUUUAACUUGUCACUUUAAUCUGUGAAGUUGUCUAAUCAACCUUUUUUUAGUAGCUUAUUUGAGCAUACAAAAGACAUUUUGUGUCAUUUAUUUUGAUACUUUUAUAUUAGAAACGCAUUAUACCAAAUUUUUUUUGUCUUUCUUAACAAAUGGUACAAUGGAAUGAUUGUGUGUGAAGUUGCAGAGAGAGAGAUGUAGUUUCUUAAAGAGAAGCUUUGGUCUGAUUUGACAGUUUAAAAAAAAUAAAUAAUUUUUUUUGUAAAACUUUUGAGGAAUCGUGAACAUCAGCACAGGAUUCCGUUCCGCUUUCGGACCGCUGGCCACAGCAGCUGCAGCUGGCACAAUGAAACUUGCAUGUGCGAGUGCAUUGUUGAUCAUUUACCCUUGCAGUGCUAAAAACUGCUUGACCAGUGACAUGCUCUCUGUCUGACUACUGGGACUUGGGGCCGAUCACAGGGGCUGCCAUGGAAAUCAGUAGUACACAUGACAACAUGACUGUGCUGACACAUGAUCGGCCAGUUCAAACGUCCUCGUUCUGCCAGCAGUUAGCAUCUAUUGAUGGGGCAGGAAAUUAUGAUGUUGUGAAUAAUGUUGUCAUUCCGACCCCAGGAGCACCAGACCCCAGGGCCCAGAAUUCUUUGAGGCAGAGUUGGGAAAUGAACUACCAGGAAGCAGCAAUAUACCUGCAGGAGGGAGAGAAUAACGACAAGUUUUUCACUCAUCCGCGAAAUGCCCAUGCGCUCAGUGCCUACCUGUUUGCUCACAAUCACCUUUUCUAUGUGAUGGAGCUGCUGACUGCGGUGUUACUCAUGCUUCUGUCUCUCUCAGAGGCCCCUGCCGUCCCCUUUCUCCGCUUGGACGUCUAUGUUCAUGCGACACUGGAGUUAUUAGCAUUAGCAAUGGUGGCCUUUGAGUUGUGCAUGAAGCUCCGAUGGCUUGGCUUUCACACCUUUAUUCGACAUAAGAGGACCAUGGUAAAGACAUGUGUCCUGUUUAUCCAAUUCACCGAGGCGAUUGUGGUCUUAGUCCGGCAGACAUCUCACCUGCGAGUAACAAGAGCCCUGCGGCCAAUCUUUCUGGUAGACUGCCGUUACUGUGGAGCCGUUCGCAGAAACCUGAGACAGAUAUUUCAGUCUCUUCCUCCCUUCAUUGAUAUUCUUCUGCUGCUGCUUUUCUUCAUGGUCAUCUUCGCCAUCCUAGGAUUCUGUUUGUUCUCAGCCAACACAGCCGACCCCUAUUUUAGCACACUGGAGAACAGCAUUGUGAGUCUGUUUGUCCUUCUGACCACUGCAAAUUUUCCAGAUGUGAUGAUGCCAGCGUACUCGAAGAAUCGUUGGUCUUGCAUUUUCUUCAUUGUGUAUCUGUCCAUCGAGCUCUAUUUCAUCAUGAAUCUGCUCCUGGCAGUAGUUUUUGACACCUUUAAUGGAGUCGAGAAGAUGAAAUUCAAGUCUCUUCUUCUACACAAGCGAUCCGCCAUAGAGCAUGCCUUCCAACUGCUGGUUAGUCGGCAGAGGCCAGAUGGAGUGUGUUUAAAACAGUUCGAUGGACUGAUGCGAUUCUAUCGUCCACGAAUGACAGCACGGGAUCGCUUCCUCACUUUCAAAGCCCUCAACCAUUCAGGAGCGACCAUGCUGAGUCUCCAGGACUUUUAUAAGUUUUAUGAAGUGAUUGGACUGAAAUGGAAGGCUCGACGGAGUGGGGAGCACUGGUUUGAUGAGCUUCCUCAUACUGCUUUCCUCAUCUUCAAAGGAAUCAAUUUACUUGUGAAAUCCAAAGCUUUCCAAUAUGCAAUGUAUCUGGUAGUAGCAAUAAAUGGUAUCUGGAUCCUAGUGGAGACAAACAUGUUAAAUGAUGGCGUCUCGUGGACUCAUGCUGUCCCGUGGAGUUACAUUAUUUUCCUCACAAUUUAUGGAAUUGAGGUCUUGUUAAAAAUCACAGGCCUUGGUCCUUUGACAUAUUUCAGCUCAGGGUGGAACCUCUUUGAUUUCUCAGUAACUGUCUUUGCCUUUCUGGGAUUAAUUGCUCUGGCCUUUGACAUGGAGCCCUUCUACUUCAUCGUGGUGCUGAGACCUUUUCAGCUCCUCCGGUUGUUUAAAAUUAAACAGCGCUAUCGGAACGUUUUGGACACAAUGUUUGAACUCUUCCCGCGUAUGGCCAGUCUAGGUCUGACUCUGAUUAUCUUCUAUUAUUCUUUUGCCAUCGUUGGAAUGGAGUUUUUUGCUGAUGUUGUUUAUCCAAACUGUUGCAACACUAGCACUGUUGCUGACUCAUAUCGCCAGAUAAAUGUGACCAUUGGCAACCGAACAUUUCUAGAGGAGGGAUAUUACUAUCUCAAUAACUUCAAUAACAUCCUAAGCAGCUUUGUGACUCUUUUUGAGCUAACGGUGGUGAACAACUGGUACAUCACUAUGGAAGGUGUGACAUCACAAACUACUCACUGGAGUCGCCUUUAUUUCAUGACCUUUUACAUUGUUACCAUGGUUGUGAUGACAAUAAUCGUGGCCUUCAUACUAGAUGCCUUUGUCUUCAGGAUGAACUACAGUCGGAAGAACAGAGAGCCGCUUGAUGACCCAGAAGAUGAAAAGGGGAUUGUCUUUGAGACAGAGGUGUCUCAGACUGAAGCUCUGCAGACUCUGGACUUGUAUAAACACACACUAGGCGUCACCAACCUAAGCUCACUGCAGGACAUGUGUGUGGCUCUGGAGCGGAGCGGUCACUCCUCAUUAGUAUUUGUGGGUCGAAGGUCACGGACCAAGAGUGACCUCAGCAUGAAGAUGUACGAAGAGGAGAUUCAGGAAUGGUACGAGGAAUAUUCCAGAACAAACCUCCAGCCUGAUGAGACAUUCCACAGAGAACUGGACAGCCCUGAAGCCAGUGCCACAAACAGCAUUAAUUAACUCGCACACUCUGAAUUCUGCAUCAGCGUUAACUAACACACUCACUCAUACCUCCGAGGGACCUUACAACCGUCUUCCUCCCAUCGAUGGAAAGCACAGGUGUUCCCCGUGACCUCUACAUACUCCCUCCAUCCACAUGGAGACCCACAGAACUCACUUAAAGCCUUAUUCCCCAAAAAACCUUAAGGUUCCGUGGCCAAUCAGGGAAGCUUGCAGACCAAUCAUGUGACAUGCACUAGGUCCGGGAACCUUCUUCUUCCAUGAAAUGCACCUCAUGACAUUUGCCUUGUGGUGGGUGACCCUUAAUGAUUCAGACUCUCUCGUGGAUUUGACAAAUGGAGAACGGCGACUGAAUGUUUCUGUGGGAGAUGAAUCAGAACCGAAUGUGAGGAUUUUAGCACUAAGUGACUCUUUCUCAACAGUCUGAGGUAUUGCUUAACCAACAGAUAAAAGAUUAUAGUAAUAAACUAAUGCUGUUUUUAAACAAAAGCUGCUUUUUGCUGGAAACUUUGGACCUAUAGAGAGGCUUAUUUUUUCGUUGUAUAUAAAUAUAUACAUGCAGAUUAAAUGUAUGUCAGAUGCAGUUGAGAGGCAAGUAUUUAAAAUCAGUUUUAAUACAGUACAUCCACAGAUUUACUCAAUAUAGGCCAAUUUCCCAAGCACAGGUUCAUUUUGGACUAUAGUAUUAGAAAUCCAGCCUGGGACCUUUCAGUUCAUUUAAACGUUUGUCACGUAUGAAAAGUUCUUAUUUCCUCUGUUUGGAGUUUGUAGAGCUUAUAGUAUUUUGACAGACCAGUUCUGGUAAGUCCUGUCAGAAUCUCAAAUUUUACUCCACAGACAGUCUGAGCCGUUCAGCUUUCCAGAGUAAACGCAGAUCUGUCUCCAAACCGAAAGUGAUACCAUUUAGCCUUGCUUAAAGCUUUAGCACUGUACAUUAAAACUGUCUAUUUAUAUUGAGUUAAACAUUUAUCCUUUUCGCUGCACCAUUUUAUAAUUUAUUAGUCAUUUUCUUUCUUAACAGGGUGAAUGCACGCAAAUGCUCAUAUAUUGUUUACUCUCAUGUCUGUCUAACCUGGAGGUAAUCGUGGAUGUCAGUGAUUUCAUUCCAGUCUCUAGUUUAAUUGCACUGUAGGAUGUGCAACCUUGAUGCUCCAAACACAAGGGAACAUGAUGCAUAUGUGACAUGAAACCACACCAGCUCCUCUAAUACUGUAGGUUUACUUGUGUCUCAGUUCUCUGUUCUUAUUCCUUUCUAAAUGUAUAAUAACAGGUCUAGUAAACAAUACAUUUUAUUGAAACUUCA